GUUGAAUUCGAGUCACGUUCAACAGUCGCCAUCCAUCCAAUUAUAAACGAUGAUUCAGAGCAACAAUAUAUGUACGUCUGGAAAUAAAGAUGUUCUAAAUAUAUAUCCUUCUCCGCAGGUGACCACUCGCGUGUACAGCUGUAUUCCCCAGCUUCCACAGAGGGCAUUUAUUGUUGUGAUAAGACCUAUACGGGCCCUUUUUCAGCGUUUCAUUUCAAAUCCUGUCUGCGCUACACUUGCAUCAAGUUCUUAGCGAUCUUCUACUUUACUGGAAUUUCCUUUUCUUGUCCUUGUCCGAUUGAUCACUGCUUGCUCUCAUAAUACUUGCUUGAGAGCAUCGCCCUCUCUUCUUGGCAAGGCUAAAACCUUGGUUUCUCGUCUAAAAGUCUUGCAGUGGAUUUGAAUCGCAAACGCAAUAAUCGCAGCUCCGACUCGCAGUUCCGCGAAGGGGCUACGCAUUACGGCAUCGUUACAGCGCAAAGCCAUCACUACUUUCGUGCCCGCGAUAUCGAAAUUGUAACCAUGGCCAUGUACUGGCUUAUCGUACUUCCCACUAUCGCGCCUCUCGGUGUGCGCGCUGAUGGCUUAGACGACUUUUCCAACAACUUGGCCACGGACUUAGGCCCUCUCAUUGUCCUUUUUGGCGAAGCAAUGACGAGACAGUAUUUGAGCGAGUGCACAUCCUUUCUUGACUAUUUCAUCUUUGCCAUGGCUCCGAUCGGCGUCCUCACAGCUAUGUCCUCCGCCAUCCGCGUCUGCGGGCAUUCGGCACUCCGAGCUUUCAUUGGCAGGUCACAGGAGGGCCAAGGUGCUGUUGAGGCGGAGCUGUGCACAUCCACGAGCCGCGACGUUUGCGAGCUGUUCAACCGGGGCGGCAUCACACGUGUCCUCGGUCGUCCAAGCAUUCUCGAACUCGUCUAUGUCCCCACCGACAAGCAACAGCCAAAUACAUUCGGCUUAUUUUCUUUUCGAGACUGGGUUGAAAGCGCUGCCGGCAAUAUUUGGUGGAAAAAAGUUGAACCGAAGACCAAGCGUCAUAAUAAGCCUGUCUCUGGAUCCGACUCGGACUUUGUUACGAACCUUAGUUCGCACCCCCCAAAUAUCUCACUCAAUGUUGGCAUUAUUAAGCGCUCAAAGUGGUUCUUCAUAGCGGUGGCUGUGACAGGCUUCAUCCUCCAGGCCGGUCUUAUUGUUCUGGCCGGCGUUGGAGCAUGGAAGCUUGGCUGGACCAAGACCCAAGAGGGAAGUCCCUCGUCUAAGAACUAUGCGCCGAUCAUGUAUAUCAUCGGGACUGUUCUCAUGUCUAUUGGCAUGUGGGGUUGCGCAACUGUUAUCGGGCAGACCACAGAUGAAGUGAAGUAUAUGCGGCGACCAAAUGACCCAAAGACUCGAGGAACGCGCCUGUUCUGGCUUCAACCCGGCCCCCAAUUUAUUGGUGACCAAUGUUUCGAUCCAUUUGCAUACACAGACAAAAGAGAAGAGCCGCUGGCAGUGUGGACGUCAUCAACCAAGAAUUUCAACGCAAAUUUUGGGGUUCUCAGUACUCUUGCUGUUGCAGCGACCUUUUUCGGCUAUAUUAUGCAGUUCAUCGGUCUACGCGGAAUGACAGCCUGGCUUUCUCUUGCACAACUAGCUGCUACAAUCGUGAUGAGCAUGCUGCGCGGAGCGCUUCGUGCGCAGCGACUUGGCCAUGAUGCAAAUCGCCUGACGGAAAAUCCCAGAGCGCCUGAUGCUGUCGCCGGCCACGAGCUGGACUGGAUGGCCUUUAAGAUUUUGAAGCCGCCACCCAAAGAAGAAAAAACACCAACGUUAGGAAAAACACGUUUGUACAUUGCCGGCAAAUAUGAACAGGCUAAAAGGCCAGCAGUGACAACAAAGAUACUUUGGCACAUUACUGGACAGUAUGAAAAGGCUCUGGAGGUAGACCGUGCUUUGGUGAGGUCUUCUUUGAUCAGCAAGCCGUCAUCCAUGCAUAUGGUAGCCAUAGAGGAUGAUAGCGGCCACGCUGUGGUCGAAGUUAAUUCCUCGACCCAACUGCCUCAGACCACUGACAAUGGUUCGAAAUUUUCAUCGGCUUCAGACAAACCCGGAGCUGUGAUCACUCCGCCUUUGACGGUAGAUGGACAUCAUGGAGUUCCAACAUUCACAAGUCGAAAGGAGGGCCAAACUGACAGCCUAGCUGAGAUACAAUCUGCCAAUCCAAACGGGUCACCUGAUGGAGGUGCUAAGGGACCCAAACCAUCGUCACCUUUGGAUUUGAAAACAGACCUACAGUAUACUCCUGUAUCGGACCAAGCAGAGUGUACAGAAAAUCCAAAGUCCUCGUCCUUGAUGGAUUUAAAAGAGCAUGCGCCGUACAAUGAAGCGCCUGCACCAUCGCCGCGCACCGAUACAUGUCGAAUUACAUGCGGGGAAUUGCUUUGCAUCCGGAGUCGACUCGCAAAUUUGACAGGACACACUUCCUUUGGCGAGAUAACAGAGGGUGAGAAGCAAUGGAAGAAUGACUUUGUCCAAGUUCGUAGCAAAGCCAAGCAGAUAUCUUCUGCUAUUUGUCAAGCGGUAGCAGAGCUGCGGCCUAAAGUUGAUGGCCAAAAAGACAUCGUGCUUCGAGUCAUUGGAACUACUUCUGUCAACGCCAACAACCAAGCAGCUGGUGUUGAACCCUGUGAACAGACACUCGGCAUUAUCCUAACGCCACCGCCUGAGGAAACGCUCGUCGGGUGGCGAAUCGACUCCGCACGCGUGGAAGCUAUUUUGGGACUUUGGAUGUGGUCGAUGAUAUCUGACGGGGAAGAAGUUAAGGACGUCCCGGUCGGCAAUCUGAAAAUCCCUAUUGAGGGUGUUGUUUCAGCUGGCUCUGAUAGACAGCCGGAGAUGGACCUUUGGCUUGGUUCCCAGAGCGUGUUGCUCAAAGAAAUCAACUGCGAACUUCGACAACAAAGUUACGGCCUUAUUAGUCAUUUGGAGUAUGGGAAAGAAGAUAAAAUUCUCCAGGAUCCAAAAGAGGGAACUGGAAAUUCAAAGGUUCGGCUUUGUGGCUGGAAUCCCGUCCACGAAGCGAAGGCGGACCGAGCUAAGGUGGCCGAAGCAAAACCAGACGACAAACAAAAGGAGAAAUCAAACGCGGGUGAGAAUGAAAUUUCAUUCAAGUGUCGGAUUCAGACGUUUCCGGCCACUGGCUCACUGUUGGAUAACUGUGCUCGAGAGCUCUUCGUUAGUCUGGCUGCAUCACUCACCAAAAUUGUCGACGUUGCUGCACCAAGAAUCGAUGCUAUGGAGAAUGGUGGCGAGGUUCUACUAAAGAGCGAGACUGUCACCAUUCUCACUAGGGCGUUCACGGCAAACGGGCUGGGAACCCAUGCGGAGGCACUGCUAAGCAUUAUCCCGACACUGCUCAGCAUUAUACCAGAACUGCCAGUGGAUCUUGGCUCUGCAGCCGAGGAUAAACUGCUUUCUACAUGCAUUGCGAAGGCUGGAGCCUACCGUCGGCAAAAGGCGUGGACACGGGCCGAACGGUUGCUACGGUGGAUGUGUGAGCGUUACUCAACGCCCGACGGUGGAAAGAGUACAAGUGCAAUAGCUAGUGGUAACGUACUAUUAGAAAAGGCCGUGUAUGCUACAGGAGAGCUAUACCGUUGGUCCUUGAGAGAAGAGGCGUCCACUGGCAUCAUGAAGGGGAAAGGGUUUGGAAUGGAUGGCAUCGAGUGGAUGGCGAAGAAAAUGACGUCUUCUCACCAAACGAUAGAACGAAUUUUGCGCAACUACCAAUACGUGAAGACAAUGAUGGAAACCGAAUCAGUCUUAGAUGACACAGUCAUUGCUAAUGAGCUACUCAAGGCGUUGAAGGAAGGGAGGGACUGCAAGGGAGCGGAUGGUGACAACCGCUGUAAGACACUAUAUUAUCUAUGUCUGAUCAAGGACUGCCGCGCUCAACUAAUGCAGCCUGUACUACGUUUAGCUACUCGGAAUGGGUGGACCGAGGUAGCAUUGUCCAUCAUAGAGAUGGGAGGCAACAUACACGAUACGGACAUGGACGGCCUAACGCCGCUACACUGGGCUGCUAAGAACGGGGAUGAGGCGGUGACGAGGGAACUGCUUGAAAAUGGAGCACAUGUUCACAAGGAGAGUAACGGAAAAUAUGAGGAAGAACGUUUUCCACUCCACUACGCUGCCACGAACGGACAUGAGGUGGCCGUGAGGCUACUGCUUGAGAAUGGCGCCAAUGUCGAAGCAAAGGGGCGCAAAAGAAAGACGGCGCUUCACUUUGCCGCUCAGCGAGGGAAUGAGGCAGCAGUAGCAAUGCUUCUCGCAAAGGGCGCUGACAUUGAGUCUCUGACAGGAGUCAGACAGACACCCCUUCUCCUUGCCACCGAGCGGGAGCGCAGGGCGGUAGUAAGGCUACUACUUGAGAAUGGUGCUGACGUUAAUGCAAAAAAUCACAAUGGCGAGACGUCGCUUCACUUAGCUGCCUCCAAAUGGGAGCUGCCAAUAGUACGGUUACUACUUGAGAAUGGUGCUGACACCAACGUAGAGGACAACAAGGGCCGAACACCGCUUCAUUUAGCUGCCUCCGAAGGGGAGCUGCCAAUAGUGCGGUUACUGCUUGAGAACGGUGCUGACACCGACGUAAAGGACAACGAGGGCCGGACGCCGCUUCAGGUCCUAGAAAUGGAAAGGGAUAAGGACACGGCGCAAAAAGAAAAGUAUAAGGAAAUAAUAAGGCUGUUUAGUCAAGUAGAAAAGUAGGUGAACAUUUCCCGACUGCGGUUUUGUUGGGCCGGGAAAAAGAAAGUAUAUGUCAGGAUCCUAGAGGGUAUAUAUUAGAUACUAGCGAUGACAGGCCGAUGGCUGGUCAUUGCGUGAUCUUUUUAAGUCGCAAGUAGUCAAGUGGUUGCAUCUAGCACCUUCGUCCUUACGGUUUAAUAGCCGACCUUUACUUGGUUAAAGUGUUGGAGAUAUUAUCUAGCGUCAUUGCCCAUUGAUCUCAUCAGCCUAGGCAUUAGGUCUAAUGUCCUGGUCACAUUUCCUCAAUUUAGAUUUAUAAUAAGCUACUUUGGUGUCUUUGGUUCUAUUCUACAUUUGUUUACAAAAUUUACCGUUGAACGUGGCUCCUGGACAUAGGGCAGAAAGAAAGACAUUUGCCUAAGUCGGCGCAAUCAA